AUGCCUUCCCGAACAACCAGUGGCUCAAGCUCGUCCAAGGGCAAACUCCGCCGCCGCGCUGCUGUAGCUUCGCGACCCGCGUUUCCCGAAGACCUUGACACCGAUGCCGAUGAGAAUAAUUCGUCCUUUGGCCCAGUCCAUUUGGACGAACCCAGAGCUUACACUUUCAAACCUAAUGAGCGUGUUUGGAUUAGAAAUCACGACAAGUGGAUCGCGGGCCGCAUCUUCCCGAGCUCAGUCCCUAAGAUUCGCUCCUCUGAUAACCUCGUCUACUGGGACGUCAAAUACAGCGAUAGCUACGGACACAAGCUCAGGAGAUGUUUCGCUCCUUUGCUUGGUGACCUGAAGCCAGACAACGCCCGCGUUCGCCGAUUAUUGCGCGAGGCUCAUUGGAUUUACCCAACGCCAUAUUCAUCAGGAAAGAUGGCCUGUUGA